AUGGAUUGGCAAUGGUCAGCUGUGUGUGAUGCCCAUACACAUCUUCAUGAUGACAAGGAAAAUAUCAGUCGACUUGGAGAACAAGUUAAGACAGGAAGACUAGGUGUCAUGGGAACCCAUAUGGAUGAUUUGGAUAUUGUUGCAAAAUUGGCUGGUGACUUUAAAGAGAAAGUUAUACCAUUCUUUGGCCUCCAUCCAUGGUUUGUUCACGGUCUAUCUUUAGAAGAUGUGCCAGACAAAGAACUACAUUAUCGCUCUGUUCUUGUGAAUACCGAAUCUAACAAAACGUCUAGUGACGAAGAUUCUCUUGGGACUAUUAUAAGUUCUUUACCAUCUCCAAUACCACUGUCCAACUGGCUGACCACUGUCGAAAAACUUCUGAUAGCCUAUCCCCGCAGUCACCUUGGAGAAGUAGGUCUGGAUACAUCCGCAAAAUUACUAUCACCAACUACUCAGACUCCAACGAAAAUACAAACUUCAAUGGAUCACCAAGCAGCCGUUCUCGAGAAACAGCUCGAUUUAGCUGCAAAGCAUAAUCGCAGCGUAAGUUUACACUGUGUGCGAUCGACGGGACAAUUUGUCUCGCUUAUACAGAGCAAGUUUGGAAAGCAACAACCUCUCCCUCCGCGCAUUUGUAUACACUCGUAUAGUGGAUCAGUUGAUACCAUCAAAUUAUUGACUCAAUCUACAAAAAAGAAGAAAUUUCCGGUUGAUAUGUAUUUCUCAUUUAGUAGUAUACUUAAUGGACGGAAUAGACGCUUUUCUGAAUUGGUGAGCGCCGUACCGGAAGACAGAUUGCUAAUCGAGUCCGAUUUUCAUUCCCCGAUUGGAUUGGAUGGGCUAAUGCGGGAAAUAGUAGAAGCCGUAGCCAUGGUAAAGAAUUGGACGCCGAAGGAAACAGUCGAGAGGACACAUACAAAUUUCAUGCAAUUUAUUGGAGAAGGUUGA